UAGCCCAGUUCUCCUUCCUCAACACGUGCUGCUGCUCAGAGCAGGCCCCCAGCACCAUGACGGUUUCAUACACCCUCAAAGUGGCGGAGGCUCGCUUCGGAGGCUUCUCUGGCUUGCUUCUCCGUUGGAGGGGAAGCAUCUACAAGCUCCUCUACAAAGAGUUCCUCCUCUUCAUCGCCCUGUAUGCUCUGCUCAGCAUCACUUACCGGUUGCUGCUGACCCAGGAGCAGAGGCAUGUAUAUGCUCAGGUGGCCCGAUACUGUAAUCGUUCAGCAGAUCUCAUCCCCUUAUCCUUUGUACUGGGUUUCUACGUGACCCUGGUGGUGAACCGCUGGUGGGCCCAGUAUACAAGCAUCCCGCUGCCAGACCAGCUGAUGUGCGUCAUCUCGGCCAGCGUGCACGGCGUAGACCAGCAUGGCCGCCUGCUGCGCCGUACCCUCAUCCGCUAUGCCAACCUGGCGUCUGUGCUGGUGCUGCGCUCAGUCAGCACCCGCGUGCUCAAGCGUUUCCCCACUAUGGAGCACGUGGUGGAUGCAGGUUUCAUGUCCCAGGAAGAGAGGAAAAAGUUUGAGAGCCUGAAAUCCGACUUUAACAAGUACUGGAUCCCAUGUGUCUGGUUUACUAACCUGGCGGCCCAGGCCCGGAGGGAUGGGAGAAUCCGUGAUGACAUUGCUCUCUGCCUGCUCCUCGAAGAGCUGAACAAGUACCGGGCCAAGUGCAGCAUGCUAUUCCACUAUGACUGGAUCAGCAUACCUCUCGUCUACACCCAAGUGGUGACCAUAGCCGUAUACUCCUACUUUGCCCUCUCCCUGGUCGGCCGCCAGUUUGUGGAGCCAGAGGCAGGGCCUGGCAAACCUCGGGAGCCAUUAGAGCCAGGCCAGGAGCCAGCGUCUACUCUGGGGGACCUGGACAUGUAUGUGCCUCUCACCACUCUGCUGCAGUUCUUCUUCUAUGCUGGCUGGCUCAAGGUGGCCGAACAGAUUAUCAACCCCUUUGGGGAGGAUGAUGAUGACUUUGAGACUAACCAGCUCAUAGACCGCAACUUACAGGUAUCCCUGCUCUCCGUAGACGACAUGUACCAGAACCUGCCUCCCGCCGAGAAGGACCUGUACUGGGACGAAGACUCAGCGCAGCCGCCUUACACGGUGGCCACGGCAGCAGAGGCUCUGCGGCCUUCCUUCCUGGGCUCCACCUUCAACCUUCGCGUGAGCGACGACCCCGAGCAGAACGUGCAGGUGGACACGUCCCCAGGGUCCGCUAGGCCGCUCCCGGCCGCGCAGACCCCGUUGCUCGGCCACUUGUUUGCCGCAGGAGCACCCUCGCCCGCGAUCAGCCUCCGGACCUUUGGCCGCGUACGCGGAGCUCCCCGGACCCCUCAUCUACUGCGCUUGCGAGCGGAGGAGGGCGGCGACCCCGAGGCCGCGGACCGCAUUGAGGAGGCGUCGGUGGGGUCAGGGGACGAGGCCGGGGAGCCCUGAGAAAAGGCUGCCAGGGCCGGGCCCUCUUGCC